GGUAUUGGUCGGCCAAGCGUAUACCAUGCGGUGGUGGUCAUAUUUCUAGAAUUCUUUGCCUGGGGGCUCUUGACAACUCCAAUGCUAACAGUCUUACAUGAAACAUUUUCCCAUCAUACAUUUUUAAUGAAUGGUCUUAUUCAAGGUGUUAAGGGUUUUUUGUCCUUUCUCAGUGCUCCGCUAAUAGGUGCUCUAUCAGAUGCAUGGGGAAGAAAAUCUUUUCUUCUUCUUACAGUUUUCUUCACCUGUGCCCCAAUUCCGUUUAUGAGAAUAAGUCCAUGGUGGUACUUCGCUAUGAUUUCGGUAUCUGGAAUCUUUUCUGUUACCUUUUCUGUAGUAUUUGCCUAUGUAGCUGAUGUAACACAAGAACAUGAAAGAAUUACAGCCUAUGGACUGGUAUCUGCCACCUUUGCAGCAAGUUUGGUAACUAGUCCUGCCAUUGGAGCAUACCUGUCUGCCAGCUAUGGAGAUAACCUUGUUGUACUAGUGGCCACAUUGGUGGCUGUUGUAGACAUCUGUUUCAUCCUGCUAGUAGUACCAGAAUCUCUGCCAGAAAAAAUGAGACCUGCUUCAUGGGGAGCUUCUAUAUCAUGGGAACAAGCAGACCCUUUUGCGUCUCUGAAGAAGGUUAGAAAAGAUUCUACGGUUCUCCCGAUCUGCAUUACAGUGUUUCUCUCUUACCUGCCUGAGGCUGGCCAGUAUUCUAGCUUUUUUCUGUACUUGCGACAGAUUAUAGGUUUUGGAUCUGCUAGCAUUGCAGCAUUUAUAGCUGUGGUAGGCGUUCUGUCUAUAAUAGCUCAGACUGUGUUUCUCAGUAUCUUGAUGAGGUCGAUAGGGAACAAAAAUACAGUUCUCCUUGGCCUUGGCUUUCAAAUCCUUCAGUUGGCUUGGUAUGGUUUUGGAUCUCAGUCCUGGAUGAUGUGGGCAGCUGGAGCUGUAGCCGCAAUGUCAAGCAUUACGUUCCCAGCAAUCAGUGCCCUGGUUUCAAGAAAUGCAGAGUCAGAUCAACAAGGUGUUGUCCAAGGAAUAAUAACUGGAAUAAGAGGUCUGUGCAAUGGCCUGGGACCAGCAUUGUAUGGCUUUAUUUUCUUUCUCUUCCAUGUGGAGCUCAGCGAAUUGCCAUCUGAUCAGACUUCUGGAAAAAAAGCAAUGCAAGAUCCCAGUGAUGAGAGAGCAAUCAUUCCUGGUCCACCCUUCCUUGUUGGAGCAUGCAUUGUCCUUCUGGCUUUUCUAGUCGCCUUAUUUAUUCCUGAGCACAGCAAAACCAGCAGUGCCAGAAAACACAGCAACAGCAUCAGCAGUACUCUGAGUAACAACCUAGACCGAAGCAGUGAAGAGGACAUUGAACCAUUGCUGCAAGAUAGCAGUGUAUGA